ACAAGCACUGCCUUUCCCACAUAAGUUACGGCCCAUCAAAAGCCCAUGUUUAUAUCAAGUCCGGUGUCUUUGCUGGCACAAAUAAACAACGAGGGUAUUGUAAACUGUACGGCAAGUCAAUCGCUAAACUCAAAGUCUUCUCCAAGUCGCUGACACUCGCCAGUGCAGAAGCUUAUCGUUUGAAGGUUGGCAGCAGUAGGACAAGGGUCUAUCUCAAUGUCUACGGGAAGACUGUGGUGAAUAUAUAUCAUUCUGGGCCACUGUAUAAAACUUUUCCUGUUUACAAGCCAUCACCAAUAACCAUCACCUUGUAUAGGAUUCAUAUCUAUGUCGGUUAUAUCUCUUUCACCGUUACCUUGGCCCCAAGUCUGGACCUUAGUGUCAGGAUAGGGAAUUGUCCUCGUACAAUUAAUCCCUGUUCUCAAUGCCUGAAGAUGACCCUCACAGCAAGUGCACGCAUCUCUGGCGGUGCUACAGCUAAUUUGGCUGCAGUGGUUCGUGGUGGGAUUUCCAUCGUCGUUGCCGUCAAUUACCUAGUUGAAGGAGAUGGGAGGCUUUACCCUCGAGCUGGUUUAUCGUUCUACCACGGCCACAACCCCAUGACAAUUAACAUCCAAGCUUGGUAUCAAAUCAGAUCUAAGAUCAAGAUUAGUAGCUGGAGGUUCUGGGAGUGGAGAUGGACCUGGGGAAGCAGGAAGACCUGGAGUCCGUCAUCGCUGUCUUGGAGCUUGGGGAGCUCUCCAAGGAAACUAAUCGCUAGAGUUUGAUAAAUGAAUUACAACUUUUCUCUGCUUUGAUUAAUAAUUGCACAUGUGUGUACGCGUACAUGUGUGCACGUCGGCACGACUACAUAUGUUUUUACAUAAAAUUCUACAUAACAGAAUUACCGCAUAAUUUAACUUUUGCAUAGCAAUAUAUUCGGCAAUACAAACAUGAACUGUGUCGGACACGCAGGCCCCUAUGAACACCGACGCGUAUUUAUGUUUUCCUUGGUAUGAAAGACAAACAGCGUACUAGACAUUUACAUAUCUAGUUGAACAAUGGUUUUCCAGGAAACUUCGUCUAAUUUACCAAAAUCACCAAGGUAUACCCUAUUCAAAUGACCCGUU